ACCAAUAACAGCUGUUUGUUUGUUCUUCCAUAGAUUAAGAAGGGAGCGCUUACUCAAUCGCUCAAGUAAAAAUAACAAUGCUCUUAAGAAAUUAUAAUUUAAUUCGCUUAUUGAAGUCUGCAAAACUACAGCCUGUUUACCCAGGAGGUAAUGCUGCCAAAGAUUGUUCAAUAUUUGAAGAAAAUGCAGCAAAACACAUUUGUUUAACAUCAUUAACAAAAAAUAUACAUUUUACCUCGUUUGUAAACAAAUAUAAAAAAACAUCAUCAACUCGUGAUGAUAUGGAUACGGAUAGUGAUGAAGAGACUGAAAGUGAAUUUAAAAAUGAACGUGAUUCUAAAAUAAUUAAGGCUAAAGUUAAUUCUCUAAGGGCUGAUCUGGUCUUGAAAGCCGGCUUGAAUGUGGCCAGAAACAAAAUAGAAAUGCUUUUUUAUGAAAGUAAAAUUCGUGUUAAUGGGAAGAAAUUGCUCAAGAAAAGCAUUCUGCUAAAUGAAAACGACGAAGUUGACGUUAUUCGUGGUUUUAGUCAAUCGAAUCCUUCCCAUCUAAUUGUAUCGCGAAUUGUGAUCCUCUCAGCCACUGGACUUGACGAAGGUUGCAGGGUUAAUUUGCGGCGUUAUAAAAGUUUAUUAAUAGAAAAUUAUAGUAAAGAAAAUGCUUACAAGUCGUCUGAAACCUCGACAAAUCAAUAAAAGAAAACCGCUGAGAUGAAGGAAAAAUUUCCUGCCUUAUAAAGCACAUAUGCCGAUGCGUAACAUCGAGAGAGACGCUUCAUAAACUUAUCGAGAUUAAGUAAAAGGAAUUAGACAAAUGUAGUUGAAAGUGAAAUGUU